AUGAUUUGUGUGGAGUGCUCUACACCCAUUCAGACUCUUUAUGAGAAAUAUAAGGGAGACCACAUUCGACUGACGAUAUGUUCCAACUGUCACAAGGUUGCGGACCGAUAUAUCGAAUUUGAUAAGGUGCUGUUAUUUAUCGAUCUCAUGCUUUUGAAACCUCAGGCCUACAGACACACGAUCUACAACCAAUCGCUCAACUACGGGGCAGAUAUUGAAGAUGGAAAAAGAGAAUUGCAACACGAGAAACGAACGUUCUUCCAACGACAUGGCCCAUUCUUGCGCCUCUUGGUGCUCAUGCUUCUAUUCGAGGUCUACUUGACAUGGGCCUACGAGGAAAAGAAUUAUUUGGAGAAUGUAUACAGAACAUCAUUGAUCAAUCAGAUUGUUUUGGAAUUACCAAGAAUCAUGUCACAGUAUUUGUUCUUUUUAACAAAGGCGGUUCUCGAUACCGUCGUUCUGCAUUUGUCGCUUCAAUUCUUCACCUACAGAGUCCUUGAAUUUGGAUACCCAAUUACAGUCGAAUUUGAAAAUAAUGCGUCUCUGUCGUCUUGCAAAGCUUUGUCUCCGACCGACUUGCCCCAAUUAACAAGGUCCGUAUCCUCCUCUUCGUCUACAUCAUCAUGCCCCGCAAACAUUCAAAGAGUCCACUUCUCCAGGGAUUAUUUCAUUAGCAUCAUUUCCUCAACAAUUCUUCUUUCCAACCUUAUCAAGCUCUUCCCGAUUGUGAUGCUUAUUUGGCCAUACGAUAUAUUUAUCCUCAACAUCACAGCAAACACGGUCCAGAUCAUACACCUUGUCAUCCUUAUUGAAGCUAUCCACAUCGUAUUACUACAAAAUCCAAACAACCACUAUUGGAAAAUCUCCCUGGUCGUCUUUACUAGCCAUGUCAUCAAGCUCGUUGUCACCAGACUUUUGAUUAUGUCAGUCUUCCGCCUCAUGUACCACCUACCAUUCAAGACCCUUAUACUGGAUGAAAUACAUCAACUCCAAUUGAAGCUGGAGCUAGUGACUGAAUUGUUCAAAUAUCUUGGUCUUUGA